ACUGCCGACCCAGCAGCCCUAGCAGCAGCAGCAGCAGCAACGGCCGCCACAGCAGGGGCCCAGGAGCAGCAUCGUCUCGCAUUGCAGUCGGCACGUCGGUGCAGGCGGCGUGGGGCUGGCAGCGGCACUGCUACUGGGGGCAUACGGAGCUCGGAGUGGCGGGAGGGCGUGGUGGACAGUGUCACAACAGGGGGCUACGUGGUUCGCGAUGCAGGGGGUCAGAUGCACGAGGUCCGGGAGACGAGAGUGCGGCGGGUGGAGGAGAGUGAGGAGGAUGCGAGGAAGAGAGCGCAGGAGGCACUGGCAGCAGUUGAGAGGGAGGCGGACGAAACACGGAGAGCGCUCAAACGGAAGAUGGAGGAAGCUUCCAGGACGGAGCUGGUGAAGAAAGAGAUCCCACUCAAGCUGCGGAUCAAACCGGAAGACUCAGAGGACGUGAAAGCAGAGAAGAAGCGGAAGAUCCACGCGUCAAGUCGAAGCAGCGGAUGGAGAUGCUGGAGGUGAUGACCAACAAGAAGCAGAACACGUGGCAGCAGUUCCAAACCAAGGGCAUAAAAAAGAAGGCGGGCUUCAUGACGGGGCGCAAGAAGGAGAGCAUAUUCAAGUCGCCAGAGGACGUGCACCGGCAAGGCGGAGGAGGACUGAUUAUCUUCAUUUACGGUUUUGAGGCGCCUCAAGGCAAGGUGGGCGUGGUGGGGAGCAGACAGGGCAUGACUGACUUCCAAAACAAGGAAAAUGAAUUUGCAGGACUGACAGUGAUUGUCUCAAGUUUUCGUGCAACAUUGAUUUUUGCUGCUUCAGCCCUGAUAUUGAGAAUGUUUGAUUGUGUUGCUGAGAAAGUGCAUGCUUCACCUUGGUCUGCCCUUCUGUUUUUUUUUUUUUUUUUUUUUUUAAUGCAGUCUCAGAGUAACGAAUGGAGUAGAAUGAGUGAUACGGAGUGGUUUUGUUCUAAGGUGUUGUACUCUCUAUGAGCAUGCACCUAUCUAGCCUAUGACAUAUACAAAUAUAUGUUGACACACCCCUAGGCUAGAUAAGGGGCGACUAGCACGAGACACGCAGCUCAGGGUGGCACUACUAGUCCAACCUCUGGGGCAAGGGUACGAAGACGAGUCAGAAGAGUACAAACUAGACAA